AAUAGUGAGAGUGAGAGGGAUUAAGUAAAUGUUCUAUUCAGUCAUGCAUCGGUGGCUUAAUGAAAAGGUUAAAGCUCAUAUUUAUUUGUAUAUUUUUUAAACCGUCGAUAUCGUUUAGUCAUAUGAAGUUUGAGGGAAGUAUCCCUGCACUCUAUCUGACGCCACACUCAAAUUCUGGUGCGCUUCGCCGACUAUCGCCUGGCUGGAUGUCAUCGGGACACCCCCCUCAGAAUGUCCUCUGAAUGGUACAGUCGCGAUGCAAAGAGGGAGACCACCCCGAUUCCUGCUGUGUUUACAUGGAUGGCAUAGAUAGCGACGAUGAUGCUCUUGCGUGUGGAAAUGUCCGCAGCGGUUGAAGGCACCAUUGGGGAUUUGAGUGCGAAUGAGAACUAGUAGCAGCAGGAGAGACGCUCAGAUUUCAAGAAACAACACGUUUUGAACCAUUUGGACGUAGUUCCUCCUGAUGCGGGCCGUCGAUAAUCUAUGGAAGCCGGGGGCUUGAUUUGAUAUGUCGUAAGAGUCAGCCGUGAAUAGUUUGGUCAAGAGGAGAUGGCAGUCCUGACUGAACUUCACCAGUACUACUCUCCAUUCAAACAGAUGGCCAUCCCCCCCUUUCAAUUCUGAGUGUACAUAGAGCCCCCCGGCCCCCACCCCACCUUCUUCUGCCUUUCCCUUUCCUCCUCCUACCCUCUCCCAACCCCUUUUGUCCCCUGCCCCUUAUUCUUUCCAUUGUUCCACCCUUUACUUUGACCUCUCCUCUCCUUUAAAUCUGUCGGACUCAUCAUGGCGUGCUACGGUCGUUCCCUGGACUCCCCUUGUACUCUGGCUCUGCUGGUGGGAUUCCAGUUUGCCUUUGUCCUGUACUUUUCCCUGGGGGGCUUCCGAGGCCUGGUGUCUGUGUUGGUCCACACCACAGAGCCAGAGUUUGAUUACUCCCGACCCCAUGAUGUGUACACUAACCUCAGCCACCUUGGGCCGCCGCCACCCCCUCCCCGCAACACAGGCACCGGACCCCCCGGAACGACACCUCCUCUGAAGGAGUGCCAGUUGCCCUCUCCACUGCUGGUGGGUCCCGUGUCGGUCCACCUGUCUGCCCCGUUGUCUCUUGAGGAGAUCCGACGGAGGAACCCCCUGGUGUCCCCGGGGGGUCACUACAGCCCCCCGGACUGCGAGCCCCGCCACCACACGGCCAUCGUGGUCCCGUACCGGAACCGGCAGACCCACCUGCGGACCCUGCUGUACCACCUGCACCCCUUCCUGCAGAGGCAGCAGAUCCACUACAGCAUCUACAUCGUACAGCAGUGGGGGAACAGUACAUUCAACCGCGCCAAGCUGCUGAACGUGGGGGUACGAGAGGCGCUGCGAGACGAGGACUGGGGCUGUAUCUUCCUCCACGACGUGGACCUGUUGCCCGAGAACGACCACAACACCUACACCUGCCACAAGCAGUUCCCCACACACCUGUCUGUCGCCAUGGACAAGUUCCGAUACAGGUUACCGUAUCCUCAGUACUUUGGUGGCGUGUCCGCAGUGACCCCCGACCAGUAUAUGAAGAUGAACGGCUUCCCUAACCACUACUGGGGCUGGGGAGGGGAGGAUGACGACAUCGCCGCUAGAGUGCGUCUGUCUGGCAUGAAGAUAGUGCGCCCCCCAGUGGCCAUCGGCCACUACAAGAUGAUCAAGCAUAAAGGAGACAGAGGCAACGAGCAGAACCCACGCAGAUUCGACCUGCUGAAGAGGACCAGGCUCAACUGGCGCUCGGACGGCAUCAACUCGCUGACCUACGACCUCCUGUCCCGGGAGCUUGAGCCCCUCUACACUAACCUGACGGUCAACAUCGGCGAGGACCCCCACCUGCCCCUGCUGAAGUUCCCCAAUCAGCGGAGACCGGGCAGGCCCCCGGCGCCUAAAGCGGCCACGAGGAAGGCCGCCGGGACGCCGCCAAAAUCGCCGGACAAACCGCCGGACGUCGGGACUCUAGCGGCGAAUGUGACGCGGCCGGCGGAGGAAGAGACACGAGACCCCACCCACUCAGCAGCAGCCAAUCAGACGACACAGGCGAAGCCCGGUGUGAUCAAAUAGGCCCCGAAAGAAAGGUCUUUGUAUCGCACUCUCAUUGGACGGCGGGGUUUAUGGGCGGUAGUGUAGCAGACAUCCUCCCUGCGGGCCAAUGACGUCGAUGGCACGAAACGAGGAAGUCGUUUGCUGUCCGCAGGGUUUUGGGGGGGGGGGGGGGGGAUCCCCUGUUCAGACCACUGUUCACUGAAUGUGUCUCCCUGGCCGUGUUUCAACUUAGAAAUGAGCUCACCCGUAAAGUGUCGGUUGUAAUGUUAAUAGUAGAUCUCCUCCAUGAGUCUCGGGAAAAGAGCGCUAUCGAACAGAAGGAGUGUUUUUGUGCUAGUGGUGUACGGCCUCAUCCAGUCUGCUGUACCAGAAACUACUGCUGUUAUUCUGCCCCUACCACCGCACCCACCACUCUACGCAGGGGGGGGUUCUAGUUUUCUGUGCCUUCUCUCUCUCUGUCUUUUAAAUGCACAUUUUAUAGACAAGGAUAGGUGCUCUUCGAUGCUCAUCCUGGGAUGGAGAGGGGGGCCGGGUAUGGGUGGGUCUUUAGCUGCCUUUCUUACUCAGCUUGAGCUAGGUAUCAGACUGAAAGGUUGUUGGGAGGAAGGACACUUUGCCACGUUGAUUUAAAUUUUGUAUUCUACUUGUGUGCAUCAAUCAGCGCAGAACAACUCCCAUAUAUGUCGAGGGUAGACGUUUAGAUUUAUAUAGAGAUACUUAUUUGUUUGUUUACCACUUUGUUGUGAAGUCUGCUCUGGUGCCUCGUUUUUAAGUUUCUAGACAAUCAGGGCCAAUCUCUCUCUCACACACACACACACACACACACACACACACACACACACACACACACACACACACACACACACACACACACACACACACACACACACACACACACACACACACACACACACACUCACACACACAAACCUCUUCUACGUACAGCAGCUUGACGUAUGUUUCCUUAUGAUUCCACUGAAUAUUAUCAUUCCAUUAAAUAGUAUAUACAUAUCUCCGAUAUGAUAUGAUAUUUUAAAUACAGUUGUAGGACAUAUGGUAAAUGUAUAGUAUCAAGUGUACUAUUUAUCAAAGGUUUUGUUUCACGUAAAAGUAAUGGUUUUAGACUUCUAAUACGACUUCUAUACUUGUUUCUGGCCCCUGAAACCCUAAAACAAGAUUGUUAUUUCCAGACCAGAUCUAUCUUUACACAAACGGCGGUAUGUGAGCUCCAUGGAGGCUUUUGUCGGGAGAAACACUUAUUUUGUAUUCCUUUUCAAUCUUUGUAGGUUUAGGGGACUGAGAUGCGACCGUUGCGGUUCUUUACUACACUGCCUCAUAGGAAGGUGUCCACUCGGUAGUAGUGUAAAGGUUUUGAACACAUGUCUAGGACACAGCAAUCACCUUCUGUAUUCCACUGCUUGAUCUACUCAUAAGCCUGCUGUUUGAUUUCCAUAUCGCACAUUUGGAAUGUACUGUAUUGUUUUAGACACAUAAUGCUUGUUUGUUAAGUAGUACUAUUUAUUGUAGGAUGAGGCUCUUUCGUAUAUGCUUAAUCAUGUAAGGGACUUAAAACGGAUCACUGUUAGACCACCUCUGCUGCUUACUAUUUUGGAGGAAUUACUAACUCUACUACUGAACUGGCUUGAAGACCUAUUGUUAUGAUGUAGUGGUCAUGUGUUAUUUUAUGUUUGUUGUUUUCCGAUAUUAACAUGGGAUAGAUUGCAUAAAGUGAACUGAAUGUAUUUUACUUAUUCAAUCAUCGGGUAAAAAUAUAUUCAUCAUAUACCGUAUGCACGGUUCAUAUCUCCAUGCAUAGGUUAUGUUUAUUUUUAUUUUAUAUCUAUAUGUUGUGCCUAAUGGAUUAAGACUAUAUGUCACGGAUUGCAGUAGCGGGAAUGUGGUAUUAAGGGGUGCCCCCUAGUGGCAGAACCUAUUUUGGCACCACAAGCCACGUGGACUCACUGACUGAAUGGAAAUCUGCAGUUUUGUGGCAUGAAUAUUUAUGCAGAGUCAUUCACUUUUUCCUUUUUUCUUUUUUCUAUUUAGCUUAAGCUUUGCAGUGUUUCAUGGAAGAUGCUUUCGAGUCACAUGAUUCAUCCAAGCAUUUCUAAGGUACAGAACCAACAAUUCCUUGAAUGGGUUCAUAUUACAUUAACGUUAACAGUAUCUGAACAUGAGAUAUGUGAAGAUUAUACAUUAUUUUUUACUUUAAUAGUUUUAUAGAGGCAAUGUUUAGUUAUAGAGCAAUACUAUAUCUGCGUCUUACGAAGGUUACACAUACUGUCUUGACUAAACAUUGAACUUUCUUGACAUGUCAUCUCACAGAUCAUUACGGAGGAUGUUUUAUUUAAUUAUUACACAUUUUGUUAAUAUAUAUAUAUAUAUAUUUAGCAUACAAUUGAGUACAUAAUGCAGAAGGCAAAUGUGAGCAGCCAGAUUUGCACUUGUAUAAUUAUACAACCCUCACAUUGUAAAUCUCGGGCCAUUGUGAUUGUAUAUGCCUGGCUGUCAAUAUUUUGAUUUCAUCAAGACGAGAAUGACAAUAUAAAAAGUGAGAUGUGGAUAGGUGACAACCAUGUGAUUAAAGGACUGCGACAGUUA